AUGCCGUACAAGCAGUACACAAAGGGCAUUGUUGGGAUUGUGUCCAAAAGCGGGACACUUAGUUACGAAGCUGUUGGAGCUACAAGCAAGGCCGGGCUAGGGCAGAGUAUCGUUGUCGGGAUGGGGGGUGACAUGAUGCCAGGUACAACUCUUUUGGAUGGCCUCAAACUAUUCUUUGAGCAUGACGAUACCAAGGGCAUCAUAGUCAUUGGUGAGAUUGGUGGCGAAGCCGAGCUGAGAGCAGCAGAAGCCAUCAGAGAUUACAGACAAUCGACCAAAAGUCCGAAGCCGAUCAUUGCGAUGGUUGCUGGGAGAACAGCACCGCAAGGCAAGACGAUGGGGCAUGCCGGUGCUAUCUUGUCGCCGAGGGAUGUGCCCGCCGACGUUAAAGCAAAGGCACUUGAAGAAGCGGGCGCGAUAGUUGUGCCACACCCGGGUGCUAUGGGUGUUGAAAUGAAGCGGCUUCUUGAUCUAUAA